UACCGGUGCCACUGCCGAUCCGGUACGUGUGCUGUACGUAGAGAGCUAGAGGGCGCUGUUCAAGUGUUCAUCAUUUUGGUUUGGUCCAUCCACCAUACUUGCCAUAUGUCAUGUAUGCACGGCAAAAUCUCAAGUUAAUUCCAGGGUCUGAAGAUCAAUACAAUUAGAGAGCUGAAAUGAGUGCAGAGGGUGGUGUUGAUCCUCUUGGGGCACAGCCAGACUCCAGUGGGUCCCCUUCAACUGUGAUUGUCCAGCAACCCAGUGCCAGCGAUAGCAUGGCCUCCAACCCCGCCAAGCGAGCUAAUGGACCGGGCGAUCUGCCCGGCGAGUUAAUGUGUCGACCCCUGGGCCUAGUGGUCCUGACGGGUCUGGAUGUCACAUACAACGCGGUGCACCGUGCAAUCUGGGAUUCCUUCAGUGCCAACAGGAGGCCUGACCGGGUGCCGCUGUACUUCAAGGCGUGGCCGGCCGAUCACGAGUACCCAAAGUGCAGGUCAAAGCAACGAACCUCUUACGAGUGGUACAUCCCCAAGGGCAUCAUCAAGAGCGGCUGGAUGAAGAAACACCUCCAGCAGGUCCCUGCCUUGGUGGUGGUCUUCUUUGACUUGGACUGGGAUGAGAAUAUGUGGAAAGAGCGACAGAUGGAGUGCGCCACCAGGGUUGAGGUUGUCAGGACCAGUCUUCAUGGUAGAGGCACCCGUGUCGCUGUCGUCCUCAUCCAGAAAAAUGCACCUCUGCCACCAGGUGAGGAUGUGAUAGCCGCAGAGAGAGCGGCCGCUCUGUGCGCAGCCUGCGAACUCUCGGCAAAGUCCCUCUUCGUCCUGCCCUGCGUCGAUCAUUUACUGGGUUACACCAUCAGACUGGAGAAUGCGUUCUACGAGUUGACGCAGGGUUACUACCACACGGAAGCUCGCAGAGUCAAAGCGCACCGAGAAUUCCUCAACAGAACCACUCAUCAGUUACUGUUUGUGCGCCACGCCUUCAAGUUCGCGUUCUUCAGCGAACUCAAGCAGGAUACCCAUGGGGCUCUCAAACAGUACAAGGCUGCGUACACACACCUGACUGAACUCCGAGCGCAUGACACAAACAUGCUGGAGAUCAAGACUAUUGCUGGAUUCAUCAACUACAAGGUGUGUCGUCUGUGCUUCUUCCAUAACACGCCCCUGGACGCUAUCAGUCAGUUCCGUAAACACGUGGACCUGUUCAAGAACAAGAUCGGCUGUGCUGAGCUGGCAUUUGAGCACUCGGCCUGGAUGUCCAAACAAUUCAGCAUAUUUGGGGAGUUAUUUGAGGAGGCCAUCAAGCUGGGCCUGACGGCAAUCCAGACCCAACACCCUGGUUUCUACUAUCAACAGGCUGCCAAUCACGCCAUAGCUAGGAAGCAACUCUGCCGUGGUCUCUGUCAUGCAGCCACAGCCAUGCCAGCUUCCAAUCCCCUGGAGGAUGCUGAUAAUCUGGAAUUCUACGGUCAGCGUCCGUGGAGGCAGGGUCAUCAAAGCAUUGACCCGCCCGAUCCUCAGAUGGAGAGAGAGGGUAUCCUGGCGUUGCAGUAUCUGGAGUCCCAGGUUGACCACUCGUGGAUCAUCAUACCGUUGUUGAGCAGUGCAGUUGCCCAGUUCAAGAAGUACAAGUCAGCUCGGAUGAAGCGCAACCUCAUGGUUCAGAUGGGGGAGGAGUACUACCAUGCUAAGGACUACAGCAAGGCACUCACGUUGCUUGGCCGCGUGACAUGGGACUACCGUUUGGAAAGAUGGUGGCAAUUGCUGACAUCCAUACUAGGAACAUCACUGAGGUGUGCAUACCUGGUAGCGAGUGUCGAGGAGUAUGUCACGAUCUGCCUGGAGCUUCUUGGCAGAUAUUCUCAGAGCAGUCCAGAGGAAAGAACAAGGGUGCAGAUGAACCUCAUUCGAGUCCUGUCGAACAACUCACCGGAGCCUGAGCCAGGCUGUGCAUCGGACGCCGUGGAGCAGGCCCGCCAACUCUGGAAGACGAUGUGCAGUCCGCAGAGCGCCCCCAAGGCGUUCAGGGUGGAGAUGCGUAACCUGGUGCCGUUUGUGGAAUGCAAGGCCCGCUUCACCUGCCUUCGCUUUGCUGCUGAUGAGCUGGUGAGCUUAGAAGUGUGUUUGAGGUCCUCUUGUCAGUUCCCCAUCCAGUUCUCCAAACUGGCUGUGCAGCUGAGUAACCAGGCCUACAAUUCCCAGUGCGUCAUCUCUGACGGGCGACCUUUGACCUACGCGGAUGGCAUGGCCCCUUCAGCUGAUGCUGAGUCCCAUGGCAACCUGUACCUCAUGCCAGGCAAGGUCAGACUGCAUAAGUUCAAGUUUGCUGUCUUGCCAGAGGAUGUCGGUCGCAAAUUGGAGAUUUCCUCCAUCUGUCUUUCCCUCGGCGACGAGGCCAACGCAAGAUGCGCUGUCCUCUACUGGCAGGGAGGCGGGGCUGAUGCAGCCUCACUCACGAAUAUUCAUGAGGUGGUGACCCACACACGGGGUCCACCAAAGCCAGACCAGCUAGUGUGGGAGAGGAUUAGCAUUGAGCAGACUACCAGUGUGCAUCCGCGGCCUGCCCGUGUUCACAUUGAGUUGGAUCACCAGCCACCGUGUCUGGUCAAUGAGUAUUACCGCUUCAAGGCGACGAUAACCAACAACGAGGACGAAACCAUCACAAAACCCACAAUGUCCAUUGGGUUGCAAGAGGGACAAAAUGAAGGCUUGGAGAAAAGUACUGAAGUCAGUUUGGACCCAGAGUCCUUCUUGAAGACAAGCUGCCCUGGCAGGAUUAAGAACAUUUCUCUUGGUACCAUGAAGCAGUCCAAUAAGGUUGAGAAGACAAUAUACAUCCGCUGCACCCAGCUCGGGAGCCGUGUUAUCAGCGUGCGCGUCGUGUACAACGUUGAGAUUAAGAUAUCAUCCAGCGACACCUUGCAACCCGUAUCCUGCACCUGUUAUCAAGAGCAGUCUGUUACACUGCAGACCCUACUACCGUUUGAUGUCUCUAUUCAUCUCACCUCCCUCAAAUUCAAGCCGAUCGACUACGUGAAUUCCGGGAGGCCUUUUCUGCUCAUGACGGACAUCAAGUGCACGUCCCCCUGGCCAAUAGCCAUAUCAAACUCCACCCUCAAAUUGUCGGAUGAUGUGAGGCCUACAGACUCACUGGAUUCUCAAGUCAGCAAUGUUGUGUUGAAGAAUGAAGAGCAUGCUAGUGAAUGCGUCUGUGUUCAAGCCCCGAGUCACCCUGAAACCGGACUCAUUGCCCUGGGGAGCUGUGAGCUGGAAUGGAAGAGGGAUUCCAUGAAUGAUGACCUGCCCCUGGUCAAGACCACCCUCCCUCUCCCAGAGGUCAGCAUCCAGCCCCUCCCAUUGGCCAUUGAGACAGACAUCCCCGCCUUUGGGGUGGUCCGGUCGCCGCUGUUUGUCAACUUCACCAUCUCCAACCGGACAUCUAUCGUUCAGACGAUUGAGGCCAGCGUGCAGGCCAGUGAAGCAUUCAUGUACUCUGGCCACAAGCAGGUGUUUUUCAGGAUCCUUCCCUCCAGCUGUCAGACGUUGUCCUACAAUCUCUACCCACUGGUUGCCGGCUACGUCCAGCUUCCAGAGCUCCAGCUAAACACCCCGCAAGCCCCAACGAUGACUAAAGAAAUCACUGCUGCCAUGUUGCCAUCGCACAUCUACAUUAAGCCCCAAGGGAAGGCCAUCAUAUCAGCAUGAUGUGUGAUCUUUUGUCUUUUAAUACCUGGAUCCUGUCAGCAGUGGUGCAGUGUAAUUCUGCUCAGUUAUCUGUGGUGUCUGGGGUAGUGUGUAAUGGUUCAAUGAACAACACUUCGUAGACUCGCUGGGCGUAUUCGAAACCCCGUUCUCGGGUGACCCGUAAACAGUGUUCUCUGAGGGCCAAUUACGAACGCCCAAGUGCGUGUGGAGUGCAAAUGGGCAAAAAUUCAACAUGGCAGGCAGCUGCCAUAUUAAAUAGCUGAAUGAAAAGAAGGGACAGUUAAUUGAAUUAAUACAAAAAUAAUUGAAAUCCCGAAACAGCUAUAAAAAUUAGAAAUUCUAUAUGACCACGAAUGAUUUUUUUUUUUUUAAUCAUUACUGCUCCUGCACGGAAUGAGUGCUUUCAAUAUUUUGCACAGAAAUUUACACAAGUUCCGGUAGGGGCCUAAGUCCUCCAUCUUUGUUCUCGACGUUCCUCAUCUACUCCCCGAUAAGUGGGGAGUGAAAAUCCUGUUCGCGAACACCAUUCGUGUGUUGGUUCUGGUCAUUCGAAACUCUGUUCUCGUAUUCAUUCAACACGAGAACAGGGUUUCGAAUACGCCCGUGUGUAACUACGCCCUCAGCGUUACAUUGCUGAGCAGUUCAGAUCUGAAGGAUACUCAUGCUUCAUUGCCACUAAUGCACUGAUGCUGAGGUGAAAUUCUCAAGUGAAGACAGGACAGGUUCAAGUUGAAAAGUAAUCCUGCACACUCUGGAUAAGGUAGUGGAGACAUACUGUUUAUCCUUCAUUAGCUCUCAUGAGUAAGCCACACAAAACUAUCGGUAAUUCUUACACACAAUCUAUAUAUACAGUUAACUCUAUAAACAAACUGUUUUUAAGUACAAUUUCUGCAUUUACUAUGGUUUUGUUGUUGGGAGAAUGCAAGGAUAAUGUGCAUGAUCCGGCGGCGUAACCCGGAUUCUCAUCCUAGGGGGGCGAGUUGGGGGGCUGGAUGUUACAGUGGAGGGAUAGACGGGUUUUUUCACUGGACACGACCUCCGUCAAAUCAAAAAGAGGGGAGGGGAGGGGGGGGGCACCAUGUUCCCAUGUGGGCGCUGUUCAAAACCGAUAUCAUGGUCACUGUCGGACAAUAGCUAGCGCUAUUCGCUUUCCAAGGAAUGUUAAAAUAAACAGCCAAUCACGAAAAACAGGGUUUGGGUGAAAAAUACACCCCAAAACCAUGG